CGGUCAGUCUGAGGGCGGCAGAGGUCGGGGGAACACGCUGCCUCCUCUGCUCUUGUUGUCCCCUCUCUUGCUUCAUUGGGGUUAGGUGCACUGGAUAAUUUGCAAUGCUCAAUUUUGAACUCUGAAAUGGCUGAGUAUAGGUGAAAUCAGCCAUACAUUGAAAGAGAAAGGAAAAGAAAAAGUAACGUGUGGAUUUUGAUAGUAAAUCCUGAAACAGAUAUACAUAACUUGCAGAAAAGGAAAAAAUGCGAAGAUAAAUGAUCGAACAGACGAUAAAAGUGAACAAGACCAAAAAUAAUCGUGAAGAAAAGCCUGCAAUUUAUAGUGAGCAGUAAAGUUAGAGGAAAUAUAUCUAAGUGCCGUGAUAUUCAGCAAUAAAUUAUGAAAAGAAGAGAAAAGAACUGCAGGGAUUAACGAUUUCGUGCUAACAGAGAAACGAGAGGUGUAGUGAAGCCAACGAGAAGCCGGAUACGAUGCAGUGGCGACGGUAAGACAACCACCACCACCACCACCACCACCACCAUCACCACCGCUACUGCUACCACAAUGAGGCUGUUUUUCUAUCUCACUUCGCCAGAGAGAUCGCCACUACUGCUCCUGCUUCUCUCGGCUCUUCUGGGCUGCAGUGGGGGCGUGGAGGCGCUCAAACUCGAAUCCAUCAUAGUCCCCGCCCACCAGGUCACGGGGAAGGCGGUGGAGCUGGACUGCAACUACGAUCUGCAGGGCGAUCCGCUGUACUCCGUCACGUGGUACAGGGGCCAGGACGAGUUUUACAGGUACACGCCGGGCGACAGGAACCCUGUGGACAUCUUUGAGCUCCCCGGCGUGGCUGUAGAUACCUCCCUGAGCGACCAAAGGAAAGUCACGCUGCGGCCCGUCAGUCUUCUCUCCUCCGGCAAGUAUCGCUGUGAAGUGUCCGCCGAUGCUCCCUCCUUCCACACGGAGUCCAAGAGUGCAGAGAUGCUGGUGGUGGACCUGCCGGACCGCGUGCCCACCAUCACGGGAGGGCGUUCGAGGUACCAUGUGGGGGACGAGGUGCACGUGAACUGUACCUCGCUGCGCUCCCGUCCCGCCGCCUCCCUCAUGUGGUACAUCAACGACAACCAGGCCGCCACGGAGAACUUGGUGGAGUACACGCCGGUGAAUGACUCUGACGGUUUGGAAACAUCCCGCCUCGGCCUGCGCUUCGUUGUGGGGCCCCGGCACUUCCCAACAGGAGAGCUGCGCCUUAAAUGCACCGCCACCAUCGCCGCCGUGUACUGGCAGAGCUCAGAGGAGUCAGCAGAGGGGCAGCUGCAGCAGACCGGCUCAGUCCUGGAAAGUAAAGGUAUCUACGCAGGAGGAAGCAGCAGCAGCCGUCAGUCUUGGGCCUCCUGCCUCCCCGUGUUCCUGGCCCUGACCUUACAUCUGCUCACCAACCUCUGCUCCCAAGCCUCCCUUCACUAGCACAAUGACCUCGCAUAGCUCAGCCUCAGGACAGGUCACAAGGGACGCCGCCGAGAGGACUAAAGUGCCCCAGGCCGCGACCCUCGAAUGCUCAACCUUCCAUUGUGAAGUGAAAGGGGUUGCGGUGAUAUCCUUGCCCCAGGAGCGCCCGCCACCGUCAGCGCCACCGUCAGCGAGGCCCAGAGAGAGCCAGCGCUGGGUUUGACUUAAUAUUGUUGUGUUUUAUAUUAGGGUAUAUUUACUAGAUUACCUUCCCUCUCCUCUCAGCGCUACUUCUCCCGCACCUCUUUUUCUUCUUCUUCUUCUUCUUCUCGUUAGUUGAGGCAAUGAAGCUUCUAUUCUGUCAGUUCCUCUCCCUCCUCUCACUUCUCCCUCCCAGCUUCUCUCUCUCAUUCUCUCCUUUCCCUCAUCCAUUUCUUCCUCUUUCCAAUUGCCCCUCCUACUACCCGUGCCUCUCCCUCUCACUCUCUUCCUCUCACAGUCUCUCUUUCCUCCCACUUCUCUUACAGUCCAUCUUUCUUUCCUCGCGAGUCUCUCUCACACUUACCCCCUCCACCGCUCUCCCCCUCUCCCAUUCCUCUUUCCCCACAUACAACUGCGGCGGGCAAUAGUGAAAUGAAUAAAAUGUUCAUAUCAGAUUUUAGUGUUCGGGUGGAAAAAAAAGUUUGUUGUAUGAAUAUGAAUCGUAUAAUAACUAUAUUUUGAAGACUGCACUAUUUAUAUAUGUACUACUACUACCUAUUAUUAUUAUUAUUAUACUACGUGUCACUCUUGAUUGUAGCAGCCACCAAAUAGUCCUGUUUUAUAAUAUCUCGUACGACAUUCAACUAUCUCGAGUAACUAACGCACUACUAUGUCUGUCUGUCUGUCUGUCUCUCUUCUAACUCUAUGACUGCUCAGAAAAAAAACGUCACUUAUUGUUUUUGUUCUUAAUUAUGUGCAAAGCGAUGGUGUAACAGAUCAACAAGUCUUUUUAAUGUCUCUUAUAUAGGAAGUUUAAAUGUUCUCUAAGCAAAUUUUUGAAGCAAUGAAGCCAAAGCGGUCAAAGAGUUAUUCUAUCGCCCUUCGUAUCAGUGUCUUGCCGCCUCCCGCUCAUCCCGCUGCCUUCCCGGCGUGUGGUAGGCGGGAGGAAGGCUGCCAUGCACAACUCUCGCCUUCACGUCUCGCACCAAGCACCGGAUCCCUUGGUAAUUCCCUCAACACGUCCUCUUCUUGAAAAUCCUCUCCCCCUUUUUUUAUAUCCUUGAAAAUGCCUAGAUAAUUCCCGUUCCUUUCCUUGAGAACCAGGUUUAUCCUCUUUAUCCUCGAAAUUCACCAUAUCCCUUCCCCUCCCUCCCUUUUCCUUCCCUCCUAACUCUAAAGAACUUCCCUGCAUCUCUCUCCUCUCUCUUCCUCAGCUCCCCAAAAGAAAGGCACUCUUAUUCUUCCCCUUUAAAAGUUCUAAGAAACUCCCUAAAAUGCACCCCUUUAAUUUCCUCCUCCCCAAACUUUUCUAGACCAGGUCCUGUUACUCUUUCUUCUCCUUUCAUCAUUUCUCAACACCUUCAGACACUUCCUAUCUCCUUUCCAGCAUUCCUAAAACUCUCACCGUACCACCAAUUCCUAUCGCUUCAAGACCCUAAGCACUUCUUUCUUACUCCUAACCCUUCCAAAGACCCGUAAACCUCCCCAAACCAGUGCCCAGUUCCCUUCCCUUAAUAUGUAUAUCAAGAAGCAAAUGGGCCUUCAUGUAGUGGAGAUCAAUCUUUGUACUGUUGGAAUUUUUCGCGCCUGUGUGCCACUUCUUUUUUUUUUUUUCAAUCGUGCGUGUUUGCGUGUGUGUAUGUGCGUGUGUGCGUAUUACGUUAAGUGUUCGUUCGUACGUUACUCAGACUUACGGGGGCGGCAGUGUUUCAGAACCUCCAGUAAAUUGAAAGGUAACACUGUGAUAUCACCCGCCACUCACAAACUCCCACGGACCUACAAAACCCAACCGAACCCAACGCCACAGUCGCUCCUUGUCUCGGGUACCUCAAGGAGUCCUGAAGUUUGUUGCACUGGUGUCCCGCGCGUGGCAAAAUGACUCUUUUUUGUAUUAGACUAGACCAGAAACUUUUUUAUAGCCAGAAAUAUCACUUUUUUCAUUCUCGUCUUAUUCUGGACUUUUUUUUUUUUGCGGAAGGACAAGAGACAAGAAGGUGAGGAGGACUGGGAGUAAAGAGAGGUGUGAGUGAAAAGAGUGAGCGAGUGAGUGAGUGAGUGAGUGGGAAAGAGAGAGACGAGACAGGUAAAGAAGACAGGGGAGAAAGACGAGGCAGGUGCGGAAGAGAAAGAGGUUUGAAA